GUGGUGGGCGCUGGCCGAUGAGAUAGGGCGGUUUCUAGCUAGUGGAGCAUUGUGGGAUAACUGUCCGUCAUCAACCUUUUUUAGAACCGCUGAAACCAAGGUUCUUUAUUACGCUCUCCGCUGAUUCUUCACACAACUAAUACGAAAUACUUUGAGUUUUAGAUCAUGAGGAUUUAAACGCCUGCAAUUUUUUUAAUAUUCCGUCUGAUAUAGUCAUAGUCAUACUUUAUUGAUCCCGGGGGAAAUUGGUUUUCGUUACAGUUGCACCAUAAAUAAUAAAUAGUAAUAGAACCAUAAAUAGUUAAAUAGUAAUAUGUAAAUUAUGCCGGUAAAUUAUGUAAUAAGUCCAGGACCAGCGUCUGACCCUCCAAGGGAGGAGUUGUAAAGUUUGAUGGCCACAGGCAGGAAUGACUUCCUAUGACGCUCUGCGUUGCAUCUCGGUGGAGCUUUUGAACAGAGGAACGGGAGCAAGAACGGAAAAACGGGCUAGUGCAGGUGAGGUCCCAGAGGAAUGCCGAGUGGCUAAUGCUGAACCUCGAUUUUAAAAAGGGAACAAGAGAAAAUCCUGGGAACUAUAGACCGGUUUCGGGUGCUGUGUAAGACUCGCCUUGUUUGUCCGUCUCCACACCAGUGUCGUGCAGGGAAGGUUGAAGCCAAACAGUCACGCCGAGGUCUCGCGGAGUGGCUCGGGAGCGCCAGGACCCAACCGACUGCGGCCAGCGCGCAAUGGCAGGAAAUCCCGCUGACUCCUUUGCGAACUGGCACUCCCCGGCGGGAGGCGAGGGCUUGCCGAGGAGCAGACCGGCCCGCAAAGGCCCGUUGCCCUGCACGCUGUGCGGGAAGGUGUUCGCCUACCAGUCCAGGCUGCGGCGCCACUGGCUGUCCCACACCGAGGCCCGGCCCUUCAUCUGCGGCGUCUGCGGCAAGGCCUUCAAGAGCAACCAGGACUGCUCGCGGCACCAGCGCAUCCACACCGGGGGCAAGAGCGUCACCUGCCCCGAGUGCGGUAAGGCCUUCACCCACUCCUCGCACAUGCAGGCCCACCGGCGCACCCACACCGGCGAGCGGCCCUUCCCCUGCCCCGACUGCGACAAGGCCUUCCGCCACUCCUCCCACCUGCAGAUGCACCGGCGCACCCACACCGCCGAGCGGCCCUUCUCCUGCCCCGACUGCGGCAAGGCCUUCUUCAGGGCCUACUACCUGCUGGAGCACCGCAGGGUCCACACCGGGGAGAAGCCCUUCUCCUGCCCCGUCUGCCGGAAGAGGUUCGCCCGGUCCUCGCAGCUGCAGGCCCACCGGCGGACCCACACGGCGGAGAGGCCCUACGCCUGCCCCGACUGCGGGAAGAGCUUCAGCAGGGCUUCCAUCUUGUUGCAGCACCGGCAGGUCCACACCGAGGAGCGGCCCUUCCACUGCCCUGUCUGCGGCAAGGCCUUCAAGUGCACCCUGUACCUGAAGCAGCACCUGGUCAUCCAUGCCGGGGAGAGGCCCUUCUCCUGCGCCGUCUGCGGCAAGGCCUUCGCCCGGUACUCCAACCUGCAGGCCCACCGGCGCCUGCACAUGAAGCAGAAGAGGAUCGCCUGCCCCGAGUGUGGCAAGAUCUUCCCCCACACUUCCAACCUGCAGGCCCACCGGCGUACCCACACCAGGGAACGGCCUUUCUCCUGCCCCGAGUGUGACAAGGCCUUCAUCUUCCCCUCCCAGCUGGUGGUGCACCGGCGCACCCACACCGGCGAGCGGCCUUUCUCCUGCCUCGAGUGCGGCAAGGCCUUCACCCACUCCUCGCACCUGCUGGCCCACCGCAGGAUCCACACCGGCGAGCGGCCCUUCGCCUGCCCCGUCUGCGGCAAGAGCUUCACCCAGUCCUCGCACCUGCAGGCCCACCGCCGCUCUCACACGGGGGAGAGGCGCUACGUCUGCUCCGACUGCGGCAAGGCCUUCGCCCGCUCCUACAACCUGCGGACGCACCGGCGGGUUCACGCCGAGGAGGCCAGCUUCGCCUGACGCUGGCGUGGCAAGGCCUUCGCCCGCUCCUCGUACCCGUUUUCCGCUGCCUCGACGUGGCACGGCCCUCGUCAGCUCCUGGGCUACCGGGGAGAAGCCCUUUGCCCGAGGGCAGGGGUGGAGUGGAAGAGGGCGUGAUGCAUU